AUGUCUGCUCCGCCUACGGCUCCAGCCCUAUCCCUAGAGGCGAGCUUGUAUUUGUUCCACCAUGUUUUCCUCCCUCCGAAGCUCCCUCAGAGUGAUGACUACGACGCCGGCUGCGAGCUCAUCCUCCUUGACUCUGUGAUCAAUACCCUACAAAAGUUCAGGGCCCUCGUGCCCAACCAGCAUCGCCAGGUGCUGGGCCCAGUCAUCACAAUGGUCGCUCGCCUGAGAGAAAUUCGCGGAUCCCAUGGUGACGUGAGCGAAGGAAAACUCAAGGAGGCUUUGCAAAAGCUAGAUACUGAAGGAGGCGUAUUGCCCGUUCAUGUUCGAUGUCAGAACGCCGCUGUCCUAAUGACUAGGAACGACAACGCAAUACAUGUGGAGGCAUUCGAGCUGUCUCCUCAAAAUGAAGCUGUCAAUUCGACAGUUGGUCGCCUGCAGCGUCAGUUUCCUGGACCGUCUUUUAUGUUGGACCGGGCCACAUUCAAUGCUCCGGGUCUGCAGGAUACCAUCGCGCAGACACUCGCAACAAUGAGCCAUCAGUCCGUCGCCGGAACCAAGCCGAAGGUGAAGAAAGCUCGCCAAGAACACGAUGAAGAUAGGGAUACAACCAAUCCGAAGAUGGUGACAGAAUUCUUAGCGGCCUUCUUGCGCCCCUGCGCCGCCGUUUUCGACGGUCUGCAAAUCCAUAAGAAUACCCGUGAAGAGGUGCUGUGGCUCGAUAGCCGGUUUCCCUGGCGGCGAUCCCCUUUGUGGCUCCUCGUCCGUGUAACCCUUCAGGUGAUUCUUCGAAGGCUCUGUCAUCGUGAUGGGAUAUCUGAUGAUAUUUACAAGCACUACAUGGUGUACUACAUGAGUUCGGUUCUAAACGACUGCCUCAAAAAGACCAUGUCCGAUGAACAGUUUUAUCUUAUGAAUGCCAAAAUUGCCCGCCGGCUACGUAAGCUUGACUUGUCACACCUUCCUGCAUGGUUUCCGUUCGUUCAGAAUGUCCUUCAAGGAGCAAACGCUUCCAUCUCGAAAAGCUGGCGCGGUAUCAUGGCCCAGAGCGGUCCUCGACAUGACAAAGAUCGUCUGGCAAAAUUGAACUUUGGCAAGGAUAUUUACUGUUCACUGCCUGACCUUGAUAAGUGGCUUGAAGCUCUCGAUGAACGACAACACUGCUCAAGCUCGGCUGAUUUCCAACCAUGUACGGGACUCUUGGAAUUUGAAAAAACAGAGCUUCCAUUGUCUUUGAAUACCAGCGACCCUGACUACAAGCUCCUGAAUCUUGCGGCCUUUGAAGAUUGGGUUCGGUUCAAUCUUGAUAGUUGGCUCGAGGUACACCUCAGCGGCGAAGACACUUGCCAGCAGUUGGACAAUUUGAUUAAUCAUUAUUAUGGUGUUGCAUCCCCACUUUACUCCCGCAACCCAGAAGCCGUAUCAGUUAUGCUCCUUACUAUCCUAGAAUUGUGGAUCGCUUGCGACAAAUCGGCAUUGAAUAUUCACCCACUACUUGGUGAUUAUGACAACUGCAUCCCGAUGGACAUGUUUGAGUUGCUUGUGUUGCCCUACCGAUCGCAGAUGGAGAGACUGGCUUGUGCAGAGGACUAUAUGAAUCAACGUCGACAGCGCCUUCGCUUUCCUGAGUCCUUCAUUUUUCAAGACUUUGGCACUCGGUCCUGCUUCUCCGUCAGAUUUAACUGGGCCAAAAACAUCAAAGAUACAGGGAACUGUACGCUCUCGCCGAUCAGUUGGAAUGCACGUAUUAUGGAGUCAUCCCUGACCCGCGCUUUGAUCUUACAGAAUCGCGGCACAGCCCUAACUGUCAACGCUGCAAAAACUACGGUGUUUGAGCUGAAUGUCCCUCGGUCUUUUGCAUCCUGGCGUGACACCACAAUAUUCUUCUUGCUCACCGUUUUGCGACUGGCUUAUUUUCCCAAGGAGCAACCGAGAGCCAGGCACCAACUGCAAACAUACAGUGGCCUCUCACCUUUUUUCACGCCCACGAAUAACUCCCAGAGAGUUUGCCUCCUCUCGCAGGAUAAGCCCCACGAAACCACACAUAGACGGAGCAAGAGCAUUAUUGAUGUGACCGAGGAAGAUGUCUGCCUAGAGAACGGGUUGAAUCUCUGUUACUUCGAUCAGGAGACUGAUUGCUUUGUCACUCGAUUCGAGACCACGGACGAAACCGCAUCCUCGUGCACUUACAAAGUGCCCCAAUCCAGCUCAACCCUGCAAAAGUUCCUAUUUCGACCAGCAUAUAGCAGAAACGGGCCCUCACCUAACACUGUCAUUGCGUCACAGGACAUUUGCCCGCAUGACAUGUCACUAGAGGAGUAUAAGGCGCUUUGUUCAAUGCCACUCGGUGUGGAGAUUCAAUGGCAAAAUAUCUUACGGCAGUUGGCCAUGCCGUCUGUCGUAUUCAAAAAAGUCGAGACUUGCAUCUUCAUCCUGCAGAUCAUCCGCCAAGCUGGGCCGUCAACCAAGGACUCGGUUCUGCGAGCGGGACACGUUAUCUUAGACGAUGAUCGGUUUGCAACUGUACUGCUGGCCGAAAUCGCCAACGCGGCUGGUAGAAUCGAAGAGAACUGGGAGUCGGCGCAGGAGCUCAGCGCACUAAUCUUUCUCACACAGAGGGUUCUGUCCGUUUCAACCUCUACCCGGGUUCGAGACCUAUGCCUGGCGCAGCUUUCAACUCUCCGUACUACCAGCUUCAAGUGGGUCACACUUGUCAGGGAGCAAGCCAGUUAUUCGGACACCGACACGCAUCGAAAUGAUUUGAUUGCACGGAGCACUUAUCUAGCAUUGAUCUGUGUCAGCACCUUUGACAUUGAAAGUCCUGUUUUGGAGCAAAUCCUAGAGAUUGAGCGGAACGCCUCAGUUUGGCUUCAAUGUUGUAUGAUGAUCCACGACAGAAAAGGCCUUCUCGACAUGACGCCCGGUUGCUUGCUUCAGAUUCUAUACGACCGUUGGCAAAUCGUCUCUUAUCGCUCCUACCGUGUCCUGGCACUCAACGUGGUCCAUAAAAAGAAACUGGCGAUUGACCUUGCUAUCAAGGAGGCUUGGGCCGCGUACCAUUCAGAUUCUCCUUGGUCAGUUGCUCCUGGAGGCGGUAAUCACUGGCUAGUAACUGGUGAUCGCAGCCUGCUUGUGCAUUUCAAUCUGCUGACAGCUGAACUGCUCAUCAACGGCCUACCAUUGGCUUGUCUGCCCUUAGACUACGAGAGCCACAAAACAUACAGAACUCUAUUUGGGCAGUCUCCUGUUGAUGUAAUGCCCAGUGAGCUCCCGGGAAUGCAGUUCUCCGGCCAGAGAAAGCAUAUGGGCCAAACAAUACAUCUGGGAAAGGAAUCUAUCCCUGGCUCGGAGGAUUUCGACAUCUGCGUUCGGGCAUUCAGCGAGGAACACCGGGUCCGAGAAUUUGUACCGGUCAGGCUUCUCACUGGGGCUUUUCCGGAUGCCUUUGUUGAGGAUUACGCGCACUGGUAUGAUCUUAAUGGCGGGUACGUGGAGUUUUGCCCAGUGAAAGACCCCUGGCAGGCGUCAAGCUCCCACUGGCGCUUGCAACGAAAACGCGCCGGACAAAAUGGCUGGUGCCUUGUGAAAGGCGAGAUUUCUUUGGUCAACAUCAGGAGCCAGACGGCUGGCUCGCUUUUCAGCAUCUUACAACCCGUCGAAAGAGCCUCGAGACUGCAUUGCAAGUUCCACACCUCAUCGUCCAUGUUAGAAAUUGACAUCCCCCGGCUGAGGUUGAGCUUCAGUCUCCAGUCAGGGCAUUCAUCGAUUCGAUCUCGUCAAUAUCGGGGCAUGAAGAUUGAUCCGGAUCAGUCACUGGGUACUCUGGUCGGCUUGCGCAGUAAACUCAUCCUUCUCCAUGAGCACGACCACAGCCGAAAGAUUCUCAUCCCAGAUGGCGCUGUAAUAUGGGUAAAGGAUGGAGGACAUGUUGCUGUGAACAUUGGCUGGCAGGCUGUCUCUAAACUCCAUGUUUAUUCGGUGGAUAACCAACUUGGUCGCUUGGUUGACAACGGGAGUUUGCAAAGCAAGCUCAUGCUAUGCUACUUACAUGCUGUCACAUCGUUCUGUGUUCCCGAUGUAUUGACCAAGAAGACGGGUACUGAGCAGUCUCUGUCUAUCCUUCGUUCAGCAUCGAUGCGGUCUUUCAGCCAACUGACACCGGAAAACAUUUCGAUUCUGGUUGAGCUUGCAUGCCUGACCCCUGUGAGAAAGUACUAUCCAGCCAAUGAACGCGUGAUGCAAAGCGUUGAAUGGCAGAACCUGGGCUGUUUGGUCCACCAUGAUGACUUUCGUGAGCAGGUCCAGGCAAUAAUCGACCAGGACAGCCGGAUGAUGAUGUUCUACCCGCACUCCCAGCGGAAUCAACCUAUUCUGCCGGUUUCCGAUAAGGAUCUCCUGCAGCGUGAUAGGAUUAGAUCAUCGUCAUUCCGUACGUCUGGCUUCGGAGCCGAGGGCCAUACAUCCACCUUUGAUGAUUCAUAUACAGAACGUGGUCGAAACCACCAAUCAGAAGGAUUCUCCCGUGUGUUUACCUUGUGCAAAACCAUCCACGAGGGAACUCUGCAUUCAGCUCGAACAAUAACCGAUCAGGACCUGCUCUCACAUAUCUGGGGGUUUCUCUGUCUGCCAGAAGAGGUUCAUGGUCCCGCCAUGGUGGUCGAGAAGGCGAUGGUCAAAUAUGACGCAACCUGGUUGUUGGAUCCAGUGGACUUUGUCUCGGCUUAUUGGUGCGGCAUUCAUCAGUUACUUCGCUCUGGAACUACUCGACCAAAUAAACACCAGGUGAUGAUCUGGCUCUCGGUAUUGGCGUUUUCCGAUAAAAUUCCAAUGGCUGUUUUGGAAACGUUUGCCGCCUUUUACGUUAUACCGACCAUGGCCGCCUGUAGGCCGCCAUCCAGGCCGUCAUUUCAGCCAACCAAAGGGUAUGCGCUGAACAAAAAUUUGCUCAAGUCCCGGAUACAGUCAGUCACGCGCGAUCAGACGCCAGAGUCAUCAGAUCUUCCCAACCGUGGGGAGGAGUAUGGCGCAUUCAAGUCGCGCAUACAAAAAAAGACACUGAGAAAUAGGGCACAGGCGCUCAACAAUUUUAUCGCGGGCCUGUGCACCCAAUGGCCAACGUCAACGCCCUCAGCUCCCAAUAGUCAAGGAAGUCCCAAAUUUGAGGAUUAUUACAAUUCACAGAAAGCCAUGGCCAUCGUACGCAAAAGCUUCUCGGAAUGGUAUGAUAAUGGAGAACUCCGAGAGUAUCUGACGAGGGUCGCUUCUGUGUUUUCUGGUCAACCUCUACAAGUUGUGGCCGUGCCCUCGCCGCCGUCUUCUACGCCAGCUCAACCUCCCCUGCGAAAACGCGGAUUUAUUUCAAUUGACAACGUGCUCGAUCAGUCCCUUGGCACACCACCAGUGCUAGCGACAGAGUCGCCAGGCUUAGGGGACAUGUUGCAUGCUAGUUCCACAUCCGUGGAGCCCGCCCUGCGUCUUCCACCACUGGUCAUGGCGUUGGGAUUGCAAGCAAGUUCCGAUUAUGAAAGGGAGUACGUCGAACAGCUCCGGGACAGCACCAAGUCACUGCAGGAAAAAAGGCAUGCGGAUCAGAUUACCUUGCAUAGAGACGAGCUGGAAAAUGUCACCUGCGACUAUCUUCUGCGCUGUGAGACGCACUCCAGGGAGAUACAUGACGCUAUACUUGCGAGAAUGACGCUUUCUAGUGCGGCAGACCAAGAAAGCCUGGUUCAUCAUGCCACUUUGAAGAUAUUAACAAAUAUCAACAUGGCUCCGAGAUUCUCACCAGAACUCUUCCUCCAACAACUAACGCGAAAGAGGUGGAGUCAACUGCCCAUGGGAUGGAAAGCCUGCUUUGUUACCUAUGGGCUUUCUAUCACGGCCCUUCAGCGAGCAAAGCGGCUGGUUAGCCUGAUCAGUCAUCGAGAAGAACUAGUCCGGGAGCUUCAGAACCCUGGGCACUCUAACUGGGAUCCAUACGAAUUUCCGGAGUCGCUAUUGCUAGAGAUUGAGAAUGGACUCCUAAUCAGGGACGUCCAGGAGCAAAUUGCCCGGCAGAUGAGGAACAUCCAGCCAAGGCAAAACGCCGUGAUGCAACUCAACAUGGGCGAGGGCAAGUCAUCGGUCAUUGUUCCUAUCGUAGCAGCCGCGCUUGCGGAUGGGUCGUGUCUGGUCCGUGUGCUUGUAGCAAAGCCACAAUCUCGCCAGAUGUUUCAAAUGCUAGUUUCCAAGCUUGGUGGACUGUUGGGACGCCGAGUAUACCACCUGCCUGUAUCACGCUCGCUCAGCAUAAGUGAGACAGAAGCAUCAGAAAUGGAGCAUAUGUGCUUGGAGUGCAUGGAAGAGGGGGGUGUUUUGCUGGUCCAGCCUGAACACAUCCUGUCAUUGAAGCUCAUGUGCCUUGAGUGCUUUGUCACCGGGAGAGAAGCAGUCGGCCGCUGUCUGCUGAGAACUCUUGAACUCUUUCGGACGUCCUCGCGCGAUGUGGUCGAUGAAAGUGAUGAAAACUUCAGUGUCAAGUUUGAGUUGAUCUAUACCAUGGGUUCUCAACGCGCCUUAGAACUCAGUCCGCAAAGAUGGACCCUGACCCAACAGCUACUUGGUUUAGUGCGAAGGUAUGCCCCAGCUGUCAAAGCCAAAUUCCCUCAAUCAAUUGAGAUUCAUGAGCAACGACCGGGGAGCUUCCCUCGAAUACGACUACUCCACAAAAAGGCGGCGCUGGAACUUUUCAAACUGAUUGCCGACCACAUAUGCAACAACGGCAUUGACUCGUUGCCUAUAUCCAGGCAGCCAGAGGUGACGAGAAGGGUCAUUCUCUCCUACUUUCUCAAUCUCAAUCUAUCAGCCCAGGAGAUUGCUGCGGUUGAAGAUGACAGCGCGACCAGUUUUUGGACCGCCAGCACCAAGGAUCCCCUUCUUCUGUUAAGGGGCCUCCUUGCUUGUGGCGUUCUAGCUUCCUGCCUCAGCCAGAAACGAUGGAGGGUUAACUAUGGGCCUGAUGACUCUAGAAACCCGCCGACAAGACUUUCUGUUCCGUACCGCGCUAAGGACAACCCAGCGCCACGGUCUGAAUUCAGCCAUCCUGAUGUUGUUGUCGUAUUGACAUGCCUCAGCUACUACUACGCUGGUCUCAGCGAUGAUGACCUAGUCGCAGCAUUUCACCAUUUACUCAAAUCCGACCAGGCCGACACAGAGUACCAAGCAUGGAUAGAUGAUGCACCAGACCUGUCGUACGCAUACCGCCAGUUGGGCGGGAUAAAUCUCCAAGACCGACAUCACUGUAUCGAACAUGUUUUCCCGAACCUGCAGUUUUCCAAGGGAGCCAUUGACUAUUUCCUCGCUCAUCUUGUUUUCCCCAAGGAGAUGAAAGAGUUCCCAAACAAGCUAUCCGCGUCGGGCUGGGAUAUUGGCGAGAUCAAAACACAUCCAACUGCAGGCUUCAGUGGAACAAACGAUUCCUGGGUCACGCUUCCCUUAAGUGUAACGCAACUCGACCUCCCCGAGCAGAUUCACACCAAUGCUCUGGUGCUCGAAUACCUCCUCCGGCCGGAGAACUCGAUUGUCCAUAUCCCAGUGCGCAAUUUAAGACUGGCCAAAUCAGACGCGGAGGCCCUGCUCGACCUGGUUGUGAGUUUGGAUCCACCCACGCAGGUUGUUCUUGACGUGGGCGCCCAGAUUUUGGAGCUGACCAACCUGGAAGUUGCUAAGACCUGGUUGAGAAUGGUGCCUGACGAGGGACGGGCACAAGCCGUCGUUUAUGUCAGUGACGGCGACGAGAUCUGUGUUGUUGACCGGACUGGGCUUGUCGAACCACUACAAAUCUCACCAUUUGCAAAGCAGCUGGGGGCGUGCCUUGUCUUCCUAGACGAGGCCCAUACAAGAGGUAUUGACUUGAAACUGCCUCAGCACUACAGAGCGGCUGUAACCCUUGGAGCUGGUAUAACAAAAGAUAAGCUGGUGCAAGCAUGCAUGAGAAUGAGGAAAUUGGGCAAAGGGCAGUCUGUUGUCUUCUGCGUCCCUCAGGAGAUCAGGUCAAAGAUCCUCUCCAUCAUUGGGAAGCCCAGCGGGUAUGACAUCGACGUAUCGGAAGUGCUCCGCUGGGCGGUCUCGGAGACGUGGGUCGACAUGCAACGUAGUAUACCGUUGUGGGCGAUUCAGGGAGAACGUUUUGAGCGCCAAAACAAUCUCUGGAGCAAGGCCCGCCGUGAUGGUGAGACUCAGAUGUCCAAAAACCAAGCAGAGGAAUUCCUCGAGCAGGAAUCCCGAUCUCUUGAGCAGCGAUAUCGGCCCCAUCCUGACAACAACGCACCGCCUUUUAUCACAUCCGAGAACGACGACAACGACAACAUCCGCCUUAUCUUGGAGAGGUGUCGCGAGUUUGAGAACAUAAACUUCCAAUCCACACAACUCCAAGAAGAACAGGAAAGACAACUCGCGCCGGAAGUCGAGCAGGAGCGACAAGUCCAACGGCCACCUUCAGCCACACCUGAGGAUCAUUCUCUUCACCCAGACUUGCGUCACUUUGUGACAACUGGAAUACUAAAGGAUGGAUCAAACGCAUUCAUGCCCGCUUUCCAGGGGCUAGAUAAUACAUCAGCGGCAAAGCACUUGAACGUAUCUGAGUUUGCUAAGCACUCGGACGUGUCUGAGCUUCCCCCCGGCCUCCUUGUCACCAGUGAUUUCGCUAGAACUGUUAAGGUGCCCAAGUUGCCGUCAUCAACCAUGGACGAUUACCAACGCCCCGUCCAAUGGGUCCUCACGGGUACCGCCCAUUCUUUCGCCGGACGGAAUAGAAAGACUGUGAAGCACGUGAUAGUCAUAAGCCCUUAUGAAGCGAACGAACUCCACUCCGAGAUCCUGAAGUCUAAGAAGGUCACGAUGCACAUAUACGCGCCGUGCCAGAACCGAAUCUUCUCAGCCCUCGACAACCUCGGCCUGUAUCCUAUACCGGGGGCGGAUUCUGUUGUUUUUGACAUUCCGACCUCUGUCAGAAUCCAGCUAAAUCUCUUCGCAGGUCAGCUCUAUAUCUCCUCUUUCGACGAGUAUCGUGAGAUAUGCGAGUUUCUUGGAGUCGCAUACUACGCUGCACCGGAAGGUCUGACCGUGGCCGCGGACGGGUUUAUAGUUGCACCUGACAGGGCAAUGUUCUCAAAAAGCCCGCUUAAGUUCUUGAAGGUCCUCAUGUCACAAAUUAGAAAGGAUGGGCAGGAAAUUGAUAAAACGCACAUUGGGAAACUGUUGGAUGGGAAGUUGUUGACCAUGGAUGAUUUUGAAGAUGUGGAUAAUUAG